AUGGAUUCGAAUAUUGAAUGGUAUACAAAUGUCCCUCAAACUGGUCAGCAAAGGAGAGGUAAUGGUAUUAGAUCAGCGAAAUGGGAACCGCCCCCGGCUAACUGGGUAAAAUGCAAUUUCGAUUAUAGCUCACGAUCUGACAGUAUGGAGGAAGGUAUUGGAUGGAUAGUAAGAGAUCAUAAUGGAGUGUUCUUGGGAGCUGGAAAUGCUAAAAUUGGGAAAGUUCAAUCAUCUCUUAUAGGUGAGGCCAUGAGCUUUAUUUUUGCUUUACAACAAAUAUGGGCUCGUGGCUGGAGAAGAGUGUGGUUUGAAGGUGAUAAUCAGGAACUUUGUCUUAUCAUUAAUCAAGUUAAAGAACAUACUGAUCUGGGGAAUUACUUGUGCGACAUAAGGCAUUGGAUGACUUUGUUACCUGAAUGUUCAUUGGAGUAUGUAAACCGAGAGAAGAAUCAAGCUGCAGAUGCUAUGUCAAGACAUAGUAUGGAUCAUAAUAGUUUAUAUCAAUUCUUUGAUUUUCCUCCUGUUUGGUUGAUUCAGUACUUGUAUUCACCUUUUACAGUUUAG